UUUUUUUUUUUUUUUUUAAUUUCUUUUUCUUAAAAAGCGUUCGCCUGCCGGCAUUCGCGAUUUCGCGUGAAAAUGUUGCGGAAGUUGUUGCUAUCGUUAGAGAUAUUUUUACUGAUUUUGUUUUAUUGUUGGGCACAAGACGAUCCAUGUACGGCACGUGCACCAAAGAAAUUGUCGAACGCCAUAGACGAUUGUAGAGCCGACAAUGCGACCGCAAAAGUGUGUAACAACCGUGGCCAGUGCAUUUGUGGUUUUUGCGAGUGUUUUUAUCGAGCCGAUCCAACGGAAAAGAUUUAUGGGAAAUAUUGCGAGUGCGACAAUUUCUCAUGCGAUCGCGUUAAUUCACGGCUGUGCAAUGGUCAUGGGAUUUGUGCAUGUGGUACCUGUCAUUGCUCAUCAGGAUGGACCGGUGCUGGUUGCGAUUGCAACACGUCCACAUCUGGUUGCAUAGAUCCAGAAAAUAGCGAUGGACUUUGUAAUGGUCAUGGAGAUUGCGUUUGCGGGGAAUGCAAUUGUCGAGAGGAUCAAGAUGGAAAAUAUACCGGCAAAUAUUGUCAAAGAUAUAAAAAAAAAUGGAACUGAUUAACGACUGAAUUGAGAUCGAUUUCUUCGGAGAAAUUUUUAUUUGCUUUUUUAUUUAUUUUUAUUUUCAUUUCUUUUUUUUUCUUUUUUUUUUAAAGAAAUUAUUCAUAAUAAAAAGGGAGAAGAAGACGUUUAAUAAAAUUACGCUCGUUUACAGAGGCUUGAGAAAUAUAUUGAUAUUAGAUAAUAAUAAUAAUAAUGUAUAUAUAUAUAUAUAUAUAUAUAUAUAUAUAUAUAGAGAGAGAGAGAGAGAGAGAGAGAGAUAGAGGAAGAGAGAAAGAGAGAUAAAAUAAUGAUAAUAUAUAAUAAUCGAUGCUGACGUACAUACAAUCUCAAUUUUGAUUAUAUCGAAUGAAAAUGUCAAACGAUUGUAAAUACGAAGAAUAAACGAUAAGAUGCAAUUUU